GCUAGUAAUCAUGAACGAAUGUGUUUUGUCCUUCCUCCGCCGCGCUGAGAAAAGCAGCAGGUCCAAGACCAAGACCGUCUACUCUUCUUCAGAAUUGUAGUAUUCUGGAAUAACUUGCACCUGAGUCGUGACAAGGAGAAAGAAUAGUUCUAAAAUAAUAAUAAUAAUAAUAAAAAAAAAAUCAAAAUAAUAGGAGUAGUACUUAAUGUAUAUAAUUUAGAUGUAUUGUACUUGGACAAUAUUCGAGUCGAUAAGCCCCGCCUGUUUUAGACAUUCCCUUUUCCAUUCUACCCGCUUAUAAUUUUCUAUUGGUUUGAAUAGUUUUUACGGUACGGUAAUUAAAUGCAUGGAACUGGGUUAUUGUUUCAGCAACUGUGGCCUGUUAGCGUGUUGUGUUAAUAUGUCAGCAGUUGGGUCACUUAUUGGAUUGGGCUCAAAGUGCAAUCUGUAAUCCUACAGAAAAACAAUCUACCAAUGCAUUUGUUUUCUGCACUGGAGAAGCGAGUGCCUUUUCUUGCAGCAGGUCUCUUGGCUUUGAGAUCGAAGGCAGUGCAAAGACGAGUUUCCAGCAUGAUGUCUUCAUCCCAUCCUGUAGCAGCUGUCUGUCAGGUGACCUCCACCCCUGACAAAGAAGCCAACUUUACUGCAUGUAAGCGACUGGUUGAGCAGGCCAAAGAAAAUGGGGCGAGUAUGGUUUUCCUGCCUGAAGGCUUUGAUUAUAUUGGCUCAAGCCGAGAGGAGACGCUACAGCUCUCAGAAAGCCUUGAUGGCGACAUUAUAACUCGCUACACCCACCUUGCCAGAAAGCUGGAUGUGUGGCUGUCUUUGGGUGGAUUCCACGAAAGAGGUCAUGAGUGGAAAUCUGAUCAACGAAUUUAUAACAGCCAUAUUAUCAUUGAUGGACAAGGUCAGAUUGCGUCCGUGUACAGGAAGGGACACUUGUUUGAUGUUGAGUUGACUGGUAAAGGUGUGUCUCUUAAAGAGAGCUCUUUCACUAUACCUGGUCCUCGCCUGGUUCCUCCAGUCCAGACUCCCAUCGGAAAGAGACAUGGAGCAGAGAUCCUGACAUACCCUUCAGCCUUCACUGUGGCAACAGGAAGUGCCCACUGGGAGGUGCUUCUUCGGGCGAGAGCGAUUGAGACGCAGUGUUACGUUCUUGCCGCGGCACAGGUCGGAGCUCAUCACAGCAAGCGGAUGUCGUACGGACACGCCUCAGCGGUAGAUCCAUGGGGUUUGGUGAUCGGUGACUGUGGGGGCACUGAUGUGGGCAUAGCCAUGGUUCAGAUUGACCUGCAGGGACUGCGAGACAUCAGGAGGGACAUGCCAGUGCAACAGCAUCGAAGAGAAAAGGGAUAUUACUGCAGUUUGGAUUGAACUACUUGUCGGACUGAUUGAUUAGAAGACAAUAUUUUACUGUGACCUUAAUAAGUAUUUGGAAAAUGUUGGACACAUGAGUCACUUAAGUCAUGUGGCAUCUGCAAAACAAACUUUUUAGGAAUUAAUUUUAACCAAUUGGUCAAUUCCUCUCAAAUUCACAAGUCAGUUUGACAACCAGAAAUUGCUGAAAUAUCUUUUGUGGUCAUUUUCAACAGUAAAUCUAUUAUUAAAUCCAAAAUAGUUCUUAUUGUGUAAUUAUAUGUAUAUACAUGUAAAUAUAUGAUAUGCUGUAAAUGAGAACUGCAAUUUGUUUUUGGAAAAUACAAUUUCCCUCAUAAAUUUAUAUAAACUGA